CCGGGUAUAGUAUUAGCCAUCACCGAUUUGGCCGCGUUACACGUGACCUUUGACAGGCGCCCCCCCUCCCCCGUGAGACCUUUAGCCCCUGACCUCAGCGAUGCCCUGACGCUUGUGUCCCCCACAGCCUGUCACACAGAGUGGCUUCUGAGCACUGGGAGUGCUGUGGAGGGCUCAGUAAUUUGGAUUAUUCUAAGAUUGACCUCUCCGUCAUGGCGGACCUGUCGCGGUAUGUGGAGCUGACGGAAUACAACUUCCUGUUCGCUACAGCUUGCAUCCUAUUCAAUCCGCUGUUCUGGAAUGUGGUGGCGAGAUGGGAGUACCGCACACAAUCGCUCUCCAGGAUUUUUGGAUCCCCGAACGUGGCAUGCUACAUCUUGGGGGCUGUACUUAUAUUUCUGGCCAUCUUCAGGAGCCACUGCUUCUCGGAAGCGAUGUCCCAUCAGCCGCACUGGUGGAUCCUGAAGAGGCCGGAGUUCUAUUAUGUCGGAGCGGCGCUGGUGGCGUCGGGUGGCGUGCUCGUCGUCUCCAGCUUCCUGGCGCUCGGCUUUGCUGGAACCUAUCUCGGUGAUUACUUUGGAAUCCUGAUGGAAGAGAAAGUGACCGGCUUCCCAUUUAAUGUCAUGGAGAAUCCAAUGUAUUGGGGGAGUACAGCCAAUUACCUGGGUCUGGCCCUCCUGAACUCCAGCCCGGCAGGACUCGCCCUCACAGCAGUGGUCGCCCUAUGCUACAAAGUUGCCAUCUGGUUUGAAGGGCCUUUUACUGAGAAGAUUUACAGAAACAAAGCAAAAAGCAAGAGGAGCCAUUAAUCGCUGCCGCGGUCCAGCGAGGGGGAGGGGAUUCGUACAUCAUAUGGGCCGCCAUUGUGUGCUUCAUACAGCAAGCGAUUAAACAGUAUUCGGGGAAGCAAUAACCUGAUAGAGGCACCGAGUACUUGAUCCCUCAGCUGAUUGUCUGCAUCCCCAUACAACAUGGCUGCCUGCAGGUUUUGUUUUUUUCUAGCUUACGUUAUAAUACUAGGUUUUACACCAUGAAGCUGUUUUACUGUUUACAAGACCAUCGAGAGAAAACUUUGUCUAAUUUUAUGUGUUUUACCUCUUUGGAAAAGUCACGAAUAAUAAAGUUUUAAC